GAGAAUAUUAUGACAUUUGUGAAGAAUGAGCUGAAGAUGUUCAAGAGGAUUCUUAGUCCAGAACUCCCAGAAGGCUUUGAGAGUCAGAAGCAGGAUAAGGAAGUGGUGGAUGCUGAAGAUGAGAAGCAGGAGAGCAGUGCCAGAGAGGGGGCUCUGAAGAUCACACUGCACGUCCUGAGGAAAAUGAACCAGAAGGAGCUUGCUGACACACUGGAGAAAAAUGAGCUUGCUGUGAUUUGCCAACGUGAACUCAAAUCUAAUCUAAAGAAGAAGUUUCAAUGUGUAUUUGAGGGGAUCGCUAAACAAGGAAACCAAACACUUCUCAAUAAGAUCUACACAGAGCUCUACAUCACAGAGGGUGGAACAGGAGAGGUCAAUAAUGAACAUGAGCUGAGACAGAUUGAGACAACAACCAGGAAACAAGCAAGACCAGAGACUGCAGUCAAAUGUAACGACAUCUUCAAACCCUUAACUGGACAAGACAAACUUAUCAGAACUGUGCUGACAAAGGGAGUCGCUGGCAUUGGAAAAACAGUCUCUGUGCAGAAGUUCAUUUUGGACUGGGCUGAAGGAAAAGCAAAUCAGGAUGUCCAAUUUGUAUUUUCAUUCCCUUUUCGGGAGCUGAAUUUGAUGAAAAAGGAAAAACACACUUUGAUUGAACUUCUCAAUCACUUCUCAAUGGAAACCAAAGAAUCAAGAAUCUCCAACUACGACAAGUACAAAGUUCUGUUCAUCUUUGAUGGUCUGGAUGAGUGCCGACUGCCCCUAGACUUCCAGAAGAACGAGAUCUGUUGUGACGUCACAGAGUCAACCUCAGUGGAUGUUCUGCUGACAAAUCUCAUCAAGGGAAAUCUGCUUCCCUCUGCUCUCCUCUGGAUAACUACCCGACCUGCAGCAGCCAAUCAGAUCCCUUCAGUGUGUGUUGACCAGGUGACAGAGGUACGAGGGUUCAAUGACCCACAGAAGGAGGAGUACUUCAGGAAGAGAUUCAGUGAUGAGGACCUGGCCAGCAGAAUCAUAUUACACAUAAAGACAUCAAGGAGCCUCCACAUCAUGUGCCACAUUCCAGUCUUCUGUUGGAUUUCUGCAACAGUCCUUGAGCACAUGUUGAGUACAGACAAGAGAGAAGAGAUGCCCAAGACUCUGACUGAGAUGUUCAUACACCUUGUGGUGUUUCAUACCAAACAGAAGAAUGAAAAAUAUCUUGGGAAAGAAGAGACAGGUCCACACUGGAAUAAAGAGAGCAUUCUGUCACUGGGAAAACUGGCUUUUCAACAGCUUGUGAAGGGCAAUCUGAUUUUCUAUGAAAAAGACCUGAAAGAGGCUGGCAUUGAUGUCAAUGAAGCCUCAGUGUACUCAGGAUUGUGCACACAGCUCUUUAAAGAGGAAUGUGUGCUGUACCAGGACAAGGUGUACUGCUUCGUGCAUCUGAGCAUUCAGGAGUUUCUGGCUGCUGUAUAUGUGUUCCUCUCAUUCAUCAACAACAAUGAGAAUCUAAUGGCCAAACCGCAAGUUCCUGAAGUUACUGUCUACAAGAGUGCUGUGGAUAAAGCCUUACAAAGUGAGACAGGAAACCUGGACCUUUUCCUCCGCUUCCUUCUGGGCCUCUCACUGGAGUCCAAUCAGAAGCUCUUACGAGGUCUACUGACAAAGACAAGAAGCAGCUCACAGAGCCAUGAAGAAACAGUCAAGUACAUCAAGGAGAAGAUCAGGGAGAAUCCCUCUCCAGAGAAGUGCAUCAAUCUGUUCCACUGUCUGAAUGAACUGAAUGACCAUUCUCUAGUGAAGGAGAUCCAAAGCUACCUGAGCUCAGGAAGUCUCUCAGAAGCCAACCUGUCACCUGCACAGUGGUCAGCUCUGGUCUUUGUAUUGCUGACUUCAGAAAAGGAGCUGGAUGUGUUUGACCUGAAUAAAUACUCCAGAUCAGAGGAAGGUCUUCUGAGGCUGCUGCCAGUGGUCAAAGCCUCCAGAGCUGCUCUGCUGUUAGGCUGUGGAGUCACAGAGGAAGGCUGUGCUUCUCUGGUCUCAGCUCUGAAGUCAAACCCCUCACACCUGAGAGAGCUGGAUCUGAGUAACAAUCACCCAGGAGACUCAGGAGUCAGACUGCUCUCUGCUGGACUGGAGGAUCCACACUGCAGACUGGAGACUCUGAGGCUGUCAGGCUGUCUAGUCACAGAGGAAGGCUGUGCUUCUCUGGUCUCAGCUCUGAAGUCAAACCCCUCACACCUGAGAGAGCUGGAUCUGAGUAACAAUGACCUGAAUGAUUCAGGAGUGAAGCUGCUCUCUGCUGGACUGGGGAAUCCCCACUGUAAACUGGAGGAGGAAGGCUGUGCUUCUCUGGUCUCAGCUCUGAAGUCAAACCCCUCACACCUGAGACUGGAUCUGAGUAACAAUGACCUGAAGGAUUCAGGAGUGAAGCUGCUCUCUGCUGGACUGGAGGAUCCACACUGUAAACUGGAGACUCUGAGGCUGUCAGGCUGUCUAGUCACAGAGGAAGGCUGUGCUUCUCUGGUCUCAGCUCUGAAGUCAAACCCCUCACACCUGAGAGAGCUGGACCUGAGCUACAAUCACCCAGGAGACUCAGGAGUCAGACUGCUCUCUGCUGGACUGGAGGAUCCACACUGCAGACUGGAGAAACUCAAUGUGGAACAUGGUGGAGAGAACACAAUGAAACCUGGACUUAGAAAAUAUGUCUGUGAUCUCACACUGGACCUAAACACAGUAAACAGAUUCCUCUCUCUGUCUGAGGAGAACAGAAAGGUGACAUGGAGGACAGAGGAGCAGCCGUAUCCUGAUCACCCAGAGAGAUUUGAGGGCUGUGAACAGGUGCUGUGUAGAGAGGGUCUGACUGGGCGCUGUUACUGGGAGGUAGAGUGGAGUGGGAGAAGGGCUGAUAUAGGAGUGACAUAUAAAGGAAUCAGCAGGAGAGGAGGGGGUAUUGACUGUGGGAUUGGACGCAAUGACAAGUCCUGGAGUCUGAUCUGCUCUGGCAACCGUUACUCUGCCAGGCACAAUAAUAAGUCCACUCCCAUAGACGUCCCCUCCUCCAGCUCCCACAGAGUAGGAGUGUAUCUGGACUGGCCAGCCGGCACUCUGUCCUUCUACAGAGUCUCCUCUGACACACUGACCCACCUGAACACAUUCCACUCCACAUUCACUGAGCCCCUCUAUCCA